AUGGACGCUGUGACGCCUCAGCCUCCCACAUAUCCUACCGACAAGAUCGACGAUAGGAAACACGCCUCUGUGCCGCCUAGUCUGGAAGAAGAGGGUGGCCUCAAGCAUGGUGAUGUGCAAGAUGCGUUUGGUAACGAAGAGUUCGCCGAGAUCAAGUACAAGACUCUGACAUGGUGGCAAUGCGGUCUGCUCAUGAUUUGCGAGUCUGUCUCGCUUGGUGUGCUGUCACUGCCUACGGCCGUGGCUACGCUGGGUCUCAUCCCUGGUGUCAUUCUGAUCGUUGGGCUGGGUCUCCUGGCUACCUACACUGGAUACAACAUUGGUCUGAUGCGUGAACGCUAUCCGCACAUCCAAAAUUUGGCCGAUGCGGGUGAGAUCUUGCUGGGUCCCUUUGGCCGUGAGCUCUUCGGCACCGGUCAAUUCCUCUUCUGCAUCUUCGUCAUGGGAAGUCACAUCCUCACUUUCCGCGUCAUGAUGAACACCAUCACCGACCAUGGUACCUGCUCCAUCGUCUUCAGUCUGGUGGGCAUGCUGCUCUCCCUCGCCCUGUCGGUUCCCCGGACCAUGCGCGGCAUGACUUGGAUCUCCUUCUUCUCUUUCCUGUCCAUCUUCUGUGCCGUCUUGAUCACGAUGAUCUCCGUGGGUGUACAGGAACACCCUGGCCGCAUCAUCGAGGCCACCGUCGAGAGCAACCUGUACACGGGUUUCCAGGCCGUGUCAAACAUUGUCUUCGCCUACUGCGCCCACGUCGCCUUCUUCGGUCUGAUCGCGGAGAUGGAGAAGCCCCAGGAUUUCAAGAAGUCUCUGUACAUGCUCCAGGGCUUUGAGAUCUGCCUGUAUCUCACCGCCGCCGUCGUGAUCUACUUCUUUGUCGGCAAGAAUGUCGAGUCUCCCGCCUUGAUCUCAGCCGGUCCGAUCAUGAAGAAGGUUGCCUUUGGCAUUGCGAUCCCCACCAUCGUCGGCGCUGGCGUCGUCAAUGGCCACAUUGGCCUCAAGUACAUUUACUUCCGCCUGACUGCCAAGUCGGAUCUGAUGCACCAGCGCAACUGGAAGUCCGUGGGUCUCUGGCUCGGUCUCGGUGUGUCCUGCUGGGUUGUUGCCUGGAUCAUCGCCGAGGCGAUUCCCGUGUUCCAAGACCUGAACGGUCUGAUCAGCGCUCUGUUCGCAUCCUGGUUCAGCUACGGUUUGUCUGGUGUGUACUGGCUGCACCUGAACGCGGGCCAGUGGUUUGCGUCACCGCGCAAGAUUGCUCUGACUGUGCUCAACAUGAGCAUUGUCCUCUUUGGCGCGGCACUUUGUGGACUGGGACUGUAUGCCUCUGGUACAGCCAUCCACAACGACACAGGCAGCGCCAGUUUCAGUUGUUCUUCUACCUAA